ACAGGAUGAAGCCGAUUAAUUUAUUUGCCGUGCUGCUUUUCUGGGAAACUGUUUGCUGCAAUCACUGCCAACUGUCCAAUGUCACAAUAGCACUGGAGAAGGAAGAGUGUGGCUUCUGCAUCAGCGUGAACGCAACAUGGUGCUCUGGCUACUGCUUCACAAAGGAUCUAAUUGAUCAGAGCCUAGCAAUGAGAUAUGUCCAGAACAUCUGCACAUUCAAGGCAGUUGUGUACGAGACUAUCAAGAUCCCAGGCUGUGAUGGUCAAGCAGAAUCAUUUUAUUCCUACCCAGUGGCAACAGGAUGUCACUGCGGGACCUGCAACUCUGACAUCACCGACUGCACCCGGAGAGGCUUGGACCCGAAUUAUUGUUCGUAUGAUCAAUAUGAGAUCAGCGAGUGAAGCUUCCUAGAUUCCUUGUCUUUCUCGUCUUGCAAAAACUGUAAUGAAUGUCUGGGAAAGGGGCAAUGUGUGCAGAUAUUACAGUACGGUUGCAUCU